AUGAUGAAGCUAAGGAGUUGUGUGAUUGUUAUGGUGAUCAUGGCAAUGAUGAUGGUGGAGAUAUCAAUGGCCUUCCAGUGCGGGAGACAAGCGGGUGGUGCGCGUUGCCCUGGCGGGCUGUGCUGCAGCCAGUAUGGGUACUGUGGCACCACGUCUCAAUAUUGUGGGCGUGGACAAUGCCAGGGCCAGUGUAGGCUUGUGGCGCCUGAUGAGCAGGUGCAAGUCCACCCAUCUACUACUAAUGAUAAUCCUCAAAAUGGAAAAGAUGUUCCUGAUGCUCAAGUUGGUGGAGCUAAAGUUGGAGCUCCUUGA